GCAGCCAAGUGGGAGCAAUCCCCAGGGCUGCAGCUGCUGCAGAGCCUCUGCCAGGAGCCUGGGGCCUCUGACAACACCUUAGGGAAAGUCUCUGUUCUUCCUCCACAGCCAUGGCUUCGCAGGAGGACGCACAGGAGGGGGAUGCAAAGGCACAGCUCCUGGCAGAGGCGUUCCAGAAGGAAGGACUGGAUGCUGGAUACUGGCUGCCCAAAGCUUCACAGAUCCUGGGAAUCAAGAGCAGAGAAGCCCUGCAACGUCUGAAAUAUGAGGACUACCUCAGGCUGGAGUGUCACGUACGGCACCCCUGGGAGAAAAAGGCACUCCAGAAAGUCCUGAAAAUAAGAGAUGACAAAACAACCACUAAAGAGGUGCAGAAGUACUCGGAGAUGGCUAAGAAAACAGAAGAAUUGGCCAAACAAGCCCUGAAUGAUCUGACAGAAAUUCUCAAGAGCCGCAGCCACAGCCAGGAUGAUCUGAGGAAGAAAGCAGAGACUCUGUGGCGAGCCAUGGACAUUCCCAAAAAGUUCUGGCCAGCGCUAAAGGAGCCCUUGGCGGAUAGUCUGGAGAGCAUCCAGAAGCAGCUGGAGCAGCAGGAGCUGUCAGCAGGCAGGAGGGAGAACAUCCCCGACACGGAGGUGCUGAGGCGGGCGUCGGGGGGACUGGCCCUGCAGGGCAUCUACAGAACCAGCAGACCUGAAGAUGUGCUGGCAAAGCGAGAGCAGCUCCUCAGGGUUCCCGAGGGAUUCCAGCUCACCGGUCCAGAGCAAAAAUCACUGCUUGAGAGGAAGGAGUUCUCCUCCUCUGCAGCAGAAUCCGCUUUCACCAAGUCCAUGGAGCAGCUGGGGUUCAGCAUGAGCGUUUCUGGCAAAGGCUCAUUCUGGAGGAUUAUUCUGGAAGGGGGUGUAGAUUACAGCAGGUCCUCACAGUCACAGGACACCCACAGGUCCCACUCUGAGCAGAACUACUUUUGCACCACCAAGUACCUGUACAUCCCUCUGGCCUCCUGCUACUUCCAAAGGCACCAGCUUCGCCUCUCGGAUGCGGCUCUGCGGGAGCUGCAGGACAUGGAGCAGCUUUUGAGCUUCAGUCAGAAAAGAGAUCGUGCCUUCUUGACAAACAUGUGUGAGAGCUUCUUCAGCAGGUUUGGGUCCCACAUAAACCAGGGUCCCCUCCACUUUGGGGGGAUAUUCUGGUGGAAGGCGUCUACAGAAGGAUUCCGAGCCAAGCAGCGGGAAGAGAUGGAGCAACAAACAUCUGAUGCACUGAACUACUUGGUUUGGGCCAGCCGGCUUCACUUAAGAGCCACUGUAGAAGGGGCCCUGGAUGUUUCCAAAUCCACAUCAAAGGCUUCUGUCCAGGGAAGAGCCAAAGAGAGUUCCCAUACAGCAAUUCAGCUCUACAUGGUCAGCACAGGCGGCCCAGCAGACACAGAUUCCCUUCCUCAGUGGAAAAUGGGGCUCGUGUCUGAUAACACAACGUGGUGCGUUAUCGACCGCGGCUUUGAGCUGAUCCCAGUGUGGGACAUCAUCCUGUACAAUCACUGCGGGGAUUUUAAAUCUGUUGUUAGAAUGAGCAGAGCCCUCAGGGCUGCGUACAAAGCGCUGACGAAUCAGAGUGUUGGCACCAUUUUUGGAGAGGAACUGGGCAGUGCAGUGCAAGAGGCCAGAGAUUUCAUGGGGACUGUGAAGGGCUGGGAGGGGACGGUGGAUGAAGGGAAGCUGCUCAUGCUGAUGGAGCUAAAAGAUGAUCUGAGUGCAAAAACCAAGAACCCCAGUGUGUGGAUCAACGUGUGCCUGUCGGACAAAGCCCUGCAGGACUUCCUGGUGAACACCGUGUGGAGCUGCCAGGAGUCACCUCCAGAAAACACCACCUCUAUCAAGGUCAUGUUGAGGAGCCUCCUGAAUCCUCAUAUCUACUCUGUCAAGGACUUCCCUGAGGCUUCCUUCAUCAUGCAAUGGGUCUUCCAGACUGAGCACCCGCUUCCUGGAUCUCCCGAGGUCUCUGAGCUUCAAGAGCUCAUCAGAACACUGCAGCAAAUGAAGGAGCACAUCCAUGCUGUCACCUAUGCACCAGGAAGCUCUGCUUCUGCCGUUCGUACAGCAAAGAGAGAAGCCACCCAGACCAGCAGCCUCGCCAUUUAUUCCCUGCUCCAGUCUCUCCGGGAACAGGCUCAGAAGGACAUGGAGCUGUUGGUGCUCUUGAUCGCGACCAGCACAGGGUACCAGGUGGAAAGCAGCACUUUUCAGCACCUCCUUGGACACCCAGAAAUUCAGUACAUGGCCAAGGAAAUGGAAGUGGCACAUGAGGAGUACAAGAACCUGAAGGAGCAAGACGCCGACAGAGCUGAGGCCUUCCUCCUGCUGACGGGUCUGACUGUGACACCCGAAAGUCAAGAGCUGUCCCCUGAGCAGAAGAGGAAGCGUUUAGUUUUCAUGGAAGAUCACACAAACGGCUUGUGGUCCACACAGAUAAAGAAACUCCUCCAAAAGCACAGAAGUGAAGACUGGGAGAGGCUGGAACGGGACUUGCACUCCUUGAUCGGUGGGUGCUUGGAUGACAAAUGGCAUGAACAGAGGAUGCAGAACAUACUCAGAGAUGUGGAAGGCAAUUUUCCAAUAUAUGAGGCCCCCAGUCACUCCCAAUCCAAGUCAGAGAGCAGCGAAUCCAAAGACAGUGAAGCCACUGCCAACCAGGAGUUCCUCCAGUUGCUCAAGAGCCUUGGACUGGAAAGUCACUAUCCAAGAAAAAUGGGAAUGGGAGAUUUCUGCACCAUCUGCAGGACAUCUCUGCAGGACAGCCAGCCCAGCCAGGACAAGGAACUGCCAUUUUACUUCUUGCAAAAGCUGUUCACUGUGGAUUACCAGGUGAGGUACCUGACUUGCUGGGAUGAGAGCAACCUAGGCCUUGCACCCGUGCCACCAACCGGAGAGCAAGAGAGACAACAAUCAGACUCCUUUGAAAACUUCCUUGAGAAGCUGAUGGAAGCAGCCCCUGAACACUCAGGCAGGGACGGCCAUGUGCACCCCAUGGACCUGCAGAUGGCCAUUUUCCAUUGUGCUGAUGACUUCCUGAGACAGACCCUUGCAAGCAAGCUGGCGUUCUGCCAACUGGCGCUGCCUCUGCUGGUGCCCAACCCCAGCACUUCACGCAUCGAGUUCCCGCUCUACGCCCUCAGCCAAAUCCAAAGGAGCUGGAAAGAGGCGGAGAAGUCGGGAAAGCAGGCCCAAAGAAAGAGUUACAACAACAAACUCAUCUUUCAGGCACAGACACCCAUCGUGUCCUUCAUCCGCAUUGGCAGCUCAGCCUCCUCUUCCAAGUCCCAGCUCCUGAACGCUCUGCUGAGCAAACACAAACACGACACUUUCUUCCACCGCCGCUGCAAAGGUAGCACCAGAGAGCGUUUGCUGGUGGAAGGGUUGGUGGAGAUCGCCUGGCACUGCCCCCAUGGAAGCCCCAAUGACACCUUUGAGUGCUGCGUGGCUUUCUGCAACCUGCAUGGAGACGACAGGGACCACGGAGCACAGCUGCGCUUCCUGCAGGAGAUAUCUGCUGUCAACGUGGUGCUUGUGUCCGAUUGGGAGCACAUGGACAGCAGGGGGAGAAAGAUUCUGCGGGACCUGUUGCAGUCACAAAGGCCUUUGGUUUGUCUUCUCACAGAAGAAGAGAACGUUGCAGCUGGACAAGCCAGCAAAACCAUAAUUAUAGGAAUCAAGAAUAGAAACGAAGCAGAACUGAUGGAGCAGCUGACCAAGACAAUUGGGAAUCUCCUGGAAGGGUCUAAUCCCUGUUUCAGCCUGGAGGCCUGCGCGGACAAAGCUCGCCAGCACGGAUUUGUAGUGGAUGCAGAUCAAGCCGCGUGUGUGACAGCCAAAGCAAAGGCAAAGGAGCUGGUGGAGCUUCUGAAGAAAGAGAACCUGUCUGAGAUCAAAUCCCGGCUGCUGCCGCUUCAAGGAGAACUGUGGCACCAGUGGUGCCAAAAGGACAAAGAACUCACUCGCCUGAAGGAGAAGGGCAACAGGAGCAUUGAGCAUCAUCGCAGCCAAAUCGAAAAUGAGAAGAAAGAAAUAAGAAGACAGCAACUUAAGGAAGCUUUCCCCUUCAACCCUCUGAUGAAAUCAUUCCUUGGCUUUCUCCAGGCCCAGCCAGCAGAUACCAAGAAAUACUUCCUGCAGUGGAUGAAGGUCUUUAUGCACGAGCUGUCUUGUGGUCGCCUUGAAGAACUGAGGCGAGACUAUCACGAGUUAUGGUCUGAAAACCUGGCAGGAAAGAGAAGCAAGAAAAAACCCAGUGGCAAUGAUGAGUUGCUGAGUCGCUUGGAUGCCCUCUCUGAUGAAAUCAACCAUUUAUCCAUUGGCCUGGAGCACCUUCUGAGAGAGGUGGGGCAGAUUUAUGAGGCUCUGGAAUUUAUAAGCUCCGAGACUGAGAGUUUUGUCAAACUGCCAGAAAUUGCAGCAGAGCUGAUGGUUUCAGGGUAUCCCGUGGAGCUGAUGGAUGGGGACGCUUCUUACCUGCCCUUGCGCUGGGUGGGCGCAAUCUUUGACAGCUUAAUUGAGAGGCUGGGGGACAAACGAGUGUUUGUGCUCUCCGUGCUCGGCGUCCGGAGCACAGGCAAGUCCACCCUGCUGAAUGCCAUGUUUGGUCUGCAGUUCAACGUCAGCGCGGGGCGAUGCACCCGCGGAGCCUUCAUGCAGCUCAUCCCAGUCAGCGAGCAGCUGCAGCAAGACUUGGGCUUUGAUUUUGUGCUGGUGGUUGACACAGAGGGACUUCGUGCCAUCGAGAUGGCCGAUAAACCGUCCCUGAACCAUGACAACGAGCUGGCCACCUUUGUCAUUGGUGUUGGCAACUUGACUGUGAUCAAUAUCGUUGGAGAAAAUCCGUCAGAAACGCAAGAUGUUCUCCAGAUUGCUGUGCAGGCUUUCCUGAGGAUGAAGAAAGUCAAUCUUUCCCCAAGCUGCCUCUUUGUCCACCAAAACAUGGGAGAAGCCACUGCCAAGGAGCAGAACAUGGAAGGACAACGGCGUUUGCAGGAAAAGCUGGAUGAAAUGACUGUGGUAGCUGCUCAGCAGGAAUUCUGUGACGUCUCCUCCUUCAGCGAUGUCAUUGGCUUUGAUGUGAACACCCACAUUCACUACUUUGCUCACCUGUGGGUAGGAAACCCCCCAGUGGCACCACCCAACCCCACCUACAGCCAGAACGUCCAGCAACUAAAGAGCAAAAUCUUCCAGGCUGCCAGGAAGGAGUCGCAGCACAGCAUUUUGAGGCUCUCGAGCCUGAAAGAUCGUAUUGGUGACCUCUGGAAUGCUUUGCUGAAUGAAAACUUUGUUUUCAGCUUCAAGAAUUCCCUGGAGAUUGCUGUGUACAGGAAACUGGAAAGUGCCUUUAGUCAGUGGACCUGGAGGCUGAGGAGUCACAUCUUAGAUGUACAGAUGAGACUGGACAACAAAAUUCGGAAUGGGGACUGGCAGAAUGUCACCAGAGAGCACCUUGAAGGGCUGGUGCAAGAGACGAGCGAUGCCAUUGAGAAAGAAGUGGACAAGUAUUUCAGGGAAGACGAAGACCAUGAGAUGCUGGUCCAGUGGAAAUCAGGCACAGAGCUGAAGUUGAAAGAAUUAAAAGAAGCUCUUCUUCAUGAAACAAAAAAGAAAUGUGAGAAUCUUAUUGAGCUACAGAAGGAGCAGAAGAAACUGGAUGCAAGGAAGUUGGAAUAUAAAGAUGAGCUCCUGAGAAGGAGUCGGGAGUGGGCUGUGAGUCUGAAAGGGAAGAGCCUCAGUGAGAGAGAGCUGAAGCACAGCUUUACCCGUGCUUUGAAGAAGUGGAUUGCCAAAGUCUCCUGUGCUGCUCCUCGUCCAGAAUGGGUGGAUAUUGAUGCAGAAAUCGAAGAUGUCCUUCUAGAGCACUUUAAGGAGCCGGGUUUCCAUGCACGGAUCAGGUCAUUUCCCAGAGGCAGAGGGUUUUCUUUUGAUCCAGAGAAACACAUAAUGACGAAAAAGUAUUUUGGGCUUUUCUCAGAUUCCAGGAGCAUUUCUGAUGAGGAUGUGAUCAACUUUAGGAAGAUCACAGACAGCACUAUAGUGUAUGUGAAUGUAAACAUUGCUAAGAAGGAAGAGGAGAAACGCGAUUACAGCAGAAAUUUUAUUCAUGAAAUACUCGAUGAAGUGCAGAAAGGUGUGAACUCUGUCCCCAGCGACGGAAAUUGUACUUUUACCAGAGAGUACAGCAUAGAUUUGUCUCUGUAUCUGUGCACAAUGGCAGCAGAAAGGUUUAAAGCCAUGCACGAAGCAUUCCAAAUGGCAAAUGACCCAGUUGUGUACCUGAGAAGCAAGAGAGAAGAUUUCUUCCAAUGUUUCCAGAUUUCCUGCCAAGGAGCCACUUCUGUCACAACUUUUGCUGUUUUCCUUUGUCACAAGAUUGAACCAGCUCUUCGCCAGGCGGUCUAUGAGAGGGCAGCUAAAGACAUCGCUGAGGACAUGCAGGGCAAAUUCCCAGAUUUCCAGGGCAGCAGAGCCACUCUGGAAGUUUGCAUACUGAGACACCUGGCAGAAAAGGAAAGGUUUUCGUAUUUCAAGCAGUACCUUAGAUCUCCAAAACAGUUUUGUGAGAUGUACAUUGAGACACGAGUUAGGAGGCACUGUUUGCAUGGAAGUAGGAGUCUGACGAUGUUUUUAGAUUCCUCCCUUGAUUUUCUCUUUCAAAACAUCCUGUCAGCUGUUUCUUUAUCAACCCGAGUUGUCAAAGACAGAAAAGACAGAGAAGACAAAGUCUCUCUCUGGCUGGAUGAAUUUUGCAGGGAACUGUCAGAGGUGAUGAACUUGCCCAGAAGUGAGCUGAAGGGCAUCGAGCACCAGGAGGUCACAGACAUUGAGUUCCUGAGCAGUGCCAUGGCAGAAGCUCUGGAAGACCUGAGGGACAGGCUCAGGGAAGAACUGGCUGGGGCUGACCUGACCUCGUUUUCAAGGCAGCCUCACACCAUCCUGGCGGAGCAUUUUUCGGGAUGCAGGGCACAGUGCCCCUUUUGUGGGGCUGUCUGCACAAACACCAUGCGGAAUCACGAUGGAGAUCAUCAAGUGGCCUUCCAUCGCCCACGAGCUUUGAAGGGACUCAUGAGGUGUACAUGGGAAACCGACAACAAGUAUGAGUCAGAUGAACUGGCCAUUGACAUUUGUUCCAGCCUUGUUGCAAGUGACGGUGACUUCAGAGUUGGUGGUGGCCAACGCAUCCUCUACAAGGAAUACCGGGAUGCUGGACCUCCUUAUUCCACUUGGAACAUCCUUCCUGAUCCAUCCAUGCAGGCGUACUGGAAAUGGUUUGUGUCUCGUUUCAGGACAAAGCUGGAAUCUUGGUGCAAUGGGAAAUUUCAGGGCAAAGGAGAAAUCCCUGAGGCGUGGCGGAGAAUUACCAAGCAGGAAGCACUGUCCGAGCUGGAGAAGCACUAGGCCACAUCCCUGGUGGAAGAAUAACAGCAGCUUUGCAGCUUAGGAGAACUUUGGACCAGGCUCUCCACAAAAUGCAGUUACAACGCUCUCAAGCCCAGUGAAGACAGUGGCAUCUAAUUUUUCCCAAAUUGGAUGAAAUAAGGCGCAUUACUUCACCCAUCAGUCAGCAACUCCCUCGCUUUAUGGGAAAGCCGGAAUCCUCUUACCUGUUUGCUAUAAACAUUUCCCUCAGCUUUGCCCUAGAGCCAAACCCAACCCCCUCCUUGGGACGAUCGGCCUCGUGGCCAAGCCUGAGCCCAGGGGCCAGGACGGGGCAAAGGCAGCGCUCAGAGCACCCCUGGGAUCAGCUGCUGUGAGACAAGAAGGGACAGUGCCCCAGAGGCGGCUUUCCUGCAGCAGGGCGCUGUCCUGCUCGGAGAAAGGGCUGCGGGACCCGAGGCCAGCUCCACGCUGGCUGCCAGCUGGGCUGCUUGGCUUUUGGGUGUCAUCCUUGCCUCCCUCACU